AUGACCGGCAAGUGCGUUCACAAGGGAUGUGAGAAGACGUUCGCGGACCCGCAGGAAGCCUGCGUGUAUCAUCCGGGUCCCCCAGUGUUUCACGAGGGCCAGAAGGGCUGGAAAUGCUGCAAACCCCGCGUCUUGACCUUCGAGGAAUUCCUCGCCAUCCCGCCCUGCACCACGGGCAAGCACUCCACUGUCGACGAUACACCUGUCCCGGAGCCUGCAAAGGCCACUGAGGAAAUCCCCGCUCCUGCGCCCGCACCUGCCGCCGUUGAGACGACCAAGCUCCCGGAGCGCCAUGCCAUUUCCCCCGCCAUCGCGCCUCCCACGCCCCCCGAAAAGCCGGUUGUGGAUGAGCCUGACUCGGAUGAUCCGGAGCUAGAGAUCCCCGCCAAUGCGACAUGCCGCCGGAGAGGUUGCGGUGCUACGUUUACUGGGUCGACAGCUCGGGAUGAGGAGAAAUGUGUGCACCACCCGGGACAGCCCGUCUUCCACGAGGGCAGCAAAGGGUGGUCGUGUUGCAAGCGGCGCGUGCUGGAGUUUGACCAGUUCUUGAAGAUCCCCGGCUGCACGGAGAAGACAAGGCACAUGUUUGUGGGCAAGCCGAAAGCGCCAGGCGAGGAGAAGGUCGAUUCGGUCCGGAGCGAUUUCUACCAGACCCCCUCCUCCGUGACCGUCUCGCUCUACCUGAAGAAAAUUGACAAGGAGCGCGCCCGCGUCGACCUCGCGGCGAACACCAUUACCUUCGACCUUCCCACCAUCGACAACAAACGCUACCAGGAUACGUAUAACCUGUUUGCCCCGAUUGAUUCGGAGAAGUCGUCGUUCCGCGUGCUGGGCACCAAGCUGGAGCUGACACUGCACAAGGCGGACGGCACCAGCUGGCCCGUGCUGCGCAGCGACGACAAGUGGUCUGGCGAGCGCAUCCAGAUUGGCAAUGCCGGACGGGCCUAA